AUGCUCGCGCCCAUGCUCGCGGCCAUGCUCGCGCCCAUGCUCGCGCCCAUGCUCGCGCCCAUGCUCGCGCCCAUGCUCGCGCCCAUGCUCGCGCCCAUGCCCCUCGCCCAUGCCCCUCGCCCAUGCCCCUCGCCCAUGCCCGCAAGCAUUCCUGCGCCCAUGCCCGCGCGUAUGCUCGCCCCCGCGCCCAUGCUCGCACCCAUUAUGGCGGAGUGGUGUUCGCGCCUUGCUCGGAGCAGUUCCCCCGUUACAGCUGCCUCCCUCCAUUCGGGAGGAGCUUGCGCAUGUCGCCGCGCGCGCGCAUCAUGCCAUUUCUCCGCUCCUCCCCCUCCCCCCGCUCCCCCGCUCCCCCGCUCCCCCUCCCCCUCCUCCCCCUCCCUCCGCUCCCCCGCUCCCCCUCCCCCACCGCAGACUACUCCUCCCCUUCGCCCCCCGGAGUCACCAUUCACGGGCGCGGCUGCGCCACGUGCAUCCGCGGGCAGCGCUGCUCGUUCCGCCUGUCCGGCUACGAUGCACAUAGGCUGCGCCAACCUGCAAUUCUCACCACUGUACUAUCAGCACCUCAACAAGACAGCUCAACACGACCUCGGUCGGUGGAGGAUGAGAAACGGUCUGUACCGCUGGGAACCGUUCUUCUGCGCGCACAAGGAGCUGCCUGCUAGCAGCUGGAUUGCUGCUCUGGAGCAGAGGAGCAUUCGGGAGAUCAGCAUUGUGGGGGACUCGCACCAGCGGUAUUUCACAGCGCACUUGUAUUAUCUGCUCAUGGGACGGGCGGAUAUGGGAGUGAAGAAGUGGCGGGAUAAUCUGUUUUAUUCCGCAAAGGAUGAAGAGGGGAGGGAGCUGAAGAUCAACUUUUACUGGAUUGAUGGGAUCUACCGGAAUGGGGAGUUUGGGUGCAGUCAUCGUGGCGCCACAACCAAUCGGACGACUCAGUUCCCCAACAUCUCAUCCACUGCUGACGUCACCCUCUUUGAAGGAGGCUACUGGGGUGCGUCUUUCUGCAAGCAGCCUCUUAAAGCCCUCCGGGUGUACCUGCGGGAGUUUGUGCGCUGGGGCAUUUCCGCCGUUGCGCCCGGAAAAGGCCGGGUGGUUUUCCGCACUAUCCCCUCGUUUGCGGAGAGGAAAAGGGCGCACAGGAGAGGGGGGAAGGAGGGGAAGAGGGGAGGGUGGAGGGGAAGGUGGAGGGGAGGGAGUGGCUUGGCAAGACCUGGACGAGAGCUUGCAACGGCUGCCUGGUGA